GGGCUGAGCCCGGGGCGGCCCCGCGCGGCGCUGUCAGCCUCGGCUCGGCUCGGAGCGGUGCGGGGCGGUGCGGCUCGGAGCGGCUCGGCUCAUCUCGGAGCAGCCCGUCUUGGUGGGGAUGGCGGUGCCGGAGCCGGACGCGCGGCUGGCGCAGGAGAAGGAGGAGGAGAGCGAGGAGGAGAGCGAGAUCCUGGAGGAGAGCCCGUGCGGGCGCUGGCAGAAACGCCGCGAGCAGGUGAACCAGGGCAACAUGCCGGGCAUCCAGAGCACCUUCCUUGCCAUGGACACGGAGGAGGGCGUGGAGGUGGUGUGGAACGAGCUGCUCUUCACCGACAAGAAGGCCUUCAAAGCCCAUGAGGAGAAGAUCAAGACCAUGUUUGAGCAGCUGGUGCUUGUGGAUCACCCCAACAUCGUAAAGCUUCACAAAUACUGGCUGGACGUGAAGGACUCGAAGGCACGGGUCAUCUUCAUCACAGAAUACGUGUCCUCAGGGAGCCUGAAACAGUUCCUGAAGAAAACCAAGAAGAACCACAAGGCCAUGAACGCCAGGGCCUGGAAGCGCUGGUGCACCCAGAUCCUGUCUGCUCUCAGCUUCCUGCACUCCUGCGAGCCUCCCAUCAUCCACGGCAACCUCACCAGCGACACCAUCUUCAUCCAGCACAACGGGCUCAUCAAGAUUGGUUCAGUCUGGCACAGAGUGUUUGCCAACGCCCUCCCCGACGACCUGCGGAGCCCCAUCAGGAUUGAGAGGGAGGAGCUUCGCAACUUGCAUUUCUUCCCCCCGGAGUACGGCCAGAAGGCUGACGGGACGGCCGUGGACAUCUUCUCCUUCGGGAUGUGUGCGCUGGAGAUGGCUGUGCUGGAGAUCCAGAGCAACGGGGACACGCGCGUGUCGGAGGAGGCGAUCGUGCGGGCACGGCACUCGCUGGAUGACCCCAACAUGCGGGAGUUCAUUCUGUCGUGCUUGACCCUCAACCCAGACAAGCGACCCACAGCUAACAGCUUGCUGUUCCACCGGGUGCUGUUCGAGGUCCACUCGCUCAAGCUGCUGGCAGCACACUGCUUCAUCAACAACCAGUAUCUGAUGCCAGAGAACGUGGUGGAGGAGAAGAUAAAGGAGCUGGACCUGAACAUGGUGAUGGCAGAGAUCAGGAGGGAGGGUCGACCUGGAGCACAAUGGAGGUACUCAGAGGUCUCCUUCCUUGAACUCGACAAGUUCCUGGAGGAUGUCAGGAAUGGGAUUUAUCCCCUGAUGAACUUUGCAGUUUCCAGACCCCAUGCUCUCCCACGUGUGCUCUCCCAGCCCCAGGAGGACCCUCAGAAAGCCAAGACUCCCACCCCAGAGCCUUUUGAUGUGGAGACCAGGAAGGUGGUGCAAAUGCAGUGUAACAUGGAGCUGAAUGAAGACAAGACCCAGUGGCACCUUACCCUUCUGCUGAUCCUGGAGGACAAACUGCACCGACAGCUGAGCUACGACUUGCUGCCCACUGAUAACUCCAAGGACUUGGCCACAGAGCUGGUGCAUUAUGGAUUCAUCCAUGAGGAUGACUGUGAGAAGUUGGCCAACUUCCUGGAAAACGCCUUCCACAAGUACCGGUCUCCUCCCUCGUGAGUGAGCCCUGGGCAGUCUGGGCCAGGGGGCUUCCCCGUGCCCGGGGGAUGGGACAGGACGGGUACCAGACUGGCAGAGACCGCGGGCUCCUGACUGAACUUCCCGCAGCAGGACCGAGCGGGUCACCCACUCCCCACUGAACCUGUGCAGGCAGCUGUGCGCCCGAGCCACCAUGUGAAAAGGCAGCAGCAAGUGGAGGAGCAAUCAGCAAAGCUGAGGGAUUGCAUGUGCAUCAGGAGGGGCUGGGGCCAGGCAGGAGCACAGGCUGUGUCCCCACUCCUGAGCAGCAGCCCACAGAGCUGUGAGGGGUGGGGAAUGGGGCGGCCCCUUCCCCACGGGGUUUGUGCAGAUGCAAAGCUGUUGCAAAGAAUCCCCCAAACCGAUGAAUUUCCCUCUGGGAAUGAUAAGCUUCUGUCACUGCAGGUUCCAAAGCUAUUUUCCCCCCUCUUUGCCAGCUGGUGAUGCUCACAGAAGGGAGGAGAGGAGCGGGCUCGGGUAGCUCUGGCGCAGUUUCCAGUCUGCCACAUUCUGUUCUUUGUGCCCCAGUCUCUCCAGUUUUGUCGAGGUUUCCCCAGCACAGACGAGCCACCGUGAUGCCUUGUAAUUAGAACUGCACACCUUGGUGUAAGCUGAAGAGAGGACUGUGUGAGCUGGACUUGAUAUGGCAUGAGAAGAAAUCCCAGAAAGGCAACCCACCAGCUGGAUCCAAAGAGGUGGAUCAGCAGAAGCCUCCGUGGUGCUGAACAGAACCCUUGUCACACGGCCUUCCACGAUCUCACGGCACCUAAAGGGGGAAAAGCACCCCGGUGUCACUUCCCCGUUUCUCCCGAGGUGUUUGGGGCUUCAGUCAUUAGCCUGCAGAGAAGAGCAAUCAUCUUAGCUGCUGUGCACACCAGGUUCAGUCAGCGCCCAGUGCAAUUAGAGUUGUCUGUGUUGCAAAAGCCAUGCCCACAGCCGCUGCUGCCCCGUGCCGUGCCGUGUCUGCCUCCCCACGCCGAGCUGACGCCUUGUGCUGAGUUUCCAGCCGUGCUGUGCCGUGCCAAUGUUACAAACUGACACAUCAAUAAAGCCGCUGACAGUC